UCUUAUAAACAUGUAAGUUCACCAGUCCACAAAAAGCGUCGCGUACUUACGGACAGAUCGAGGACAGUUACCUUAUAGCCUACCAAAAGACCAAUAUUUAAGGCAACUUAAAUAGCGUGUCUGUUAAGACCAGAUAUAUUCUGCAAAGACAGUAGAAUGGCUGCAUGCAAGCGUCCCGAUCAGCGCUCUAACUGGUAGCCUAGGCUAUGAACACAAAGUUUUCUUAAAACGGAUAUUACCCGUCAGAAAAUUGCAAAGUGUCUCAACUCUGACAAGAUACACUGUCAACUCUGACAAAAUACACUGAUAUUUAAACACAAUAUCGUAGAGGUCUUGGAGUAGACCCAGUAUUAGCCGACCUAUUCCGCAGAGCUGAGCUGCAAGUAUUCAGGGAUACGAGAAUGGACCCUAGUGGUUGUCGUAUGAGCAGUGGAGGUGGAGGCGACGGGCCUGAUUUUGGACCCCAACAUGGGAUGAUAACACUAGAAGACCUCGAAUCUUUUUCGGAAGACCAGCUGUCAGAUUCGGACAAUGGGAGCCUGGAGAGAGAGGGGGAGACUAUGGACGACGAUAACCAACUGCUGCGUUAUUGGCAGGACGUAGCGCGAGGACACCAAGUGGAGGUUCCUACAGACAUGGCUGAACCCAUCCACCAGCUCACCACCAAUAACGAUGGUCACCACAGCAGGGAGAGGGUUCCCUUCACCCUCCUCACACGCAACGACAAGUGCGGGGACGUGUUGUGGGAGAAGCGGCACUAUGAGAAGGCCCACUGGGCGUGCAUCACAAUCCAAGAAGACACGUAUGAACAGAGCAUCUGCUACGGCUUCAUGAAGAUCAUGAGAUACAUCUGCCAGCAGAACACCAGUGGUAACUACCUAGGCAUGACCAUCCCCAUCGUGACGGUGGUGCGGACCAGCGAGGACCAGUCCACCAUGUUCAGGGAGGUGACAGUGGCAUACUACCUCCCCCCUGAGCACCAGGCCCAGCCGCCCCAAGCGCUGGACACUGACGUGGUGAUAGAGGAGUGGCCGGCCAUCAUCGCCUAUACCAGAGAGUUUGGCGGACCCACCAACGAGGUCACCAUCAUCAACGAGAUCCGCACCAUGGCCGUGAUCCUGGGCCUGCCGGACACCGGCGUGAGCGACUCGUUCAUCGUGGCGGGCUACACGAACCCGGCCGCUGCCGUGCGACACAACGAGAUAUGGUUCCUGGAGCGACCUUGAGCACGUGACCCACUGCUGUAAAGAAGAUUUGAAAAGCUGACACCCUCCUCCCGUUCAUCCCACCCUUCCUAGCCUUGCCUCUCCCUUACCUGACCCAUCAAGCGCCCCCCCCCCCCACCACCACCGCCCAAUGAAGAGCCUUGUUCCCCAGAGAAAGAGAGGAGAUUCAGGCGGUUCAGGUAGACCUUGUUAACGGACACACUGCAACAGCUGUUGGCUGAGGUGGUUCAAACUCCUGCGUUCUUUCUGCUGUUCUUUAGCACACCUUUUGUGACUGUGAUUGUACGUGAUGGGGGGGGUUACGUGACGACAGCUCAAUGUUUUUGCUGUAAACCGACACACGCGCACAAAAACAUAAGUUUGAUUCUCAUUCUGUGCCAGUAACAGUAUGGCUGAAGAAGCCACAAUAGAACUGGAAGUUCGGAUUACCGAGAGAGAGGGGGGCGGGGGUGAACCACUGUCUCUGGACUGCCUGAUUGUGGGAAGAUGAGUGGAUUACGGGUAGUGAGCCGCUGUUUUCUAAACUGUAGGUUCCAUUUCUCCUAAGGAAUCACUUGAGUAUUUGAAUCCAGACAUGCGUGCGCGCACACACACACACACACACAGAGACACGCAAGCACACACACAGAUACGCAAGCACAGCUACACACACAGACACCUACACUGUCUUGAGACAGCCAACAGUAUGAAUGUAUGAACGCCACAAAAUCGAACUACGACUCAUUACUUCAAAACCAAAACAAUCACUGUCUAUUGCUGUAUGACAAUCAAGUAUAGCAUGCUAUCCGGUUCAUGCAUUCCUCAGUCUUAAAGCCAUGUUCAUACAACGGACAGCAAACCACUGCUGUCCCCUUUCUGCUCUUUGUGGAUGUCUGUGUGUGUGUGCGUAUAUCUACUACUGAACCUGCACACAGUACCUGCCACAGAGUUGACGAUGAAAGGCAUAGAGAGCAAUAUAUAUACAACACAAUCACUGCUAUUUUAUAAAAUAUAUUUCUUUUUUUGUAAAUACAAACAAAACUGUUAUAUUUCAGUUCUGAGAAUUUAAGGUUAAAAACCGAGAUCUUGAAAAUCUUUCAAAGGUGCAAAAGAUAUAAGACUAGAGGUAUUUUCUAUCUUCACAUUAUUAAAAUAGUAUGAAUGAUUGAAUGAAUGAAUUCAGAAAAAGGUGGAUAUAUUUAUCAUACAAUGUAAUUGUAAAGAGGAGCUAUAUAGGAGAGACAAGGAGAGGAUCAAUCAUUCUUGUUUUAGAAGACAAUAGGCUGACUUCUGAACAGCGGGGCUGUAGCUAUGGUAACACCGUGUCCAGUAGCUAACUGUACUUUGCCAAAUCAUCACUGUGGAAGGACGUUUCGUGUUUCAGAAGCUCCAUCAGUCUAGCGCCCGGAGUAGCGUUGCCGAUGUUGAGGUUUCACCUCCGAACCAGAACCAUGUUGGUCUUAGCAAUGAAGGCUCCUGUAAGGGUCGGAGACAACGUCUUCAGUUCAGAUGCUCUGUGCAUCGGAGGUUCAUAUUCACUACUGGUCCCUAAUUGGCUUCACUGACACUAACCUCCAACCAUGUCCCCAACCAUGCAAGUUGGAGUCUGACAGUUUCAAAGUGUCAGGGCCUGUUAGCUCCACGAACAACUAACAACUUCAGUUGGUGACUACUGAAACAGACUGUGUAAUCUGGGAACACCCCGUUACAGCAUUUUACUUUCACUUCAUUUAUCUAUUAUUUUCUUCUUCUGUGUUUUGUAGAAGUGCUGUACAGUGAAAUGUUGACGUGCAACAACGAGAGCUACUGUGGAUUUCUUAAUUGUUUCGUUAAAACAAAAUGUUUGUCUCCUUUCUUUAAAAAAAAUAAAGUGACAUGAAAUCCUG